ACAAUUCUGUUUCCUUUUGCAGAUACCUACAAAAUGGCAGGCGGACUCUCAAAGUUUCUAAGGAAAUGCAUAUGCGUCGCCAAACUGAACGACUGCAUCGGUGUGAAUGAGGAACAGGCAAGCACUUCUGGUACAAUAAAGGAGGAAACAGAGCCUCUGUCCCCGCACCAGCGAGAGGCGCCGAGGCAUUCGGUGGGCGUGCAGACGGACGACGAGGCGCAGUGGUCGCCGGAGACGCGGCUGCGGCGCCACCGCGGCACUCUGACGCGCGAGCAGCGCCAGCGCCGCCAACUGGACUUCCUGCGAGGCGCGAACGACCUGAAGGUCUUCCUGGCUCGCCGCUCGCAGCCGCUUCCACCACGCACGCCCACGGACGACGUGUGAGCGCGCUACAGCACCAUCUGUGGCGGAACCGGAAGCCGCCAACGAUAAUUAACCACUGAACAGCGCCGGCCGGCGCGCCUCCCUAGUCGCUGACGAUGGAGAGCUGCGCCGCGGCCGGAACGGCCAGGGCGAACAGCGUGAGAGAAGACCCGUAACAGUGGUUGGCCACAGUGGGAUGUAUCACCUGAAUCGUAAUUUGUACGAGACGCUCUACUGGCUGUUGAACGAAGCAUAUAAUAAAUUAUUUUAAUUCAUUAAA